ACAUCGCGGGACCGCAGGACAAGUUUGGCUUUAACCUCCCUGGCGUUAUUCCCGAGUGUAGCUCGGGGUAAAAUUUGAGUACCAAGAGCGGUAACCCCGAGCUACACUCGGGCUUACCAUGCGGCGUUGCUCAUGGAGUCCCUGCAGCACUUACCUUGUCCUUCGCUCCCACGACGAUGUGUUCCUUGCAGCGUCCCCGGCCAUCUCCUCCGGCCGAUGCCGGCAUCCGGCUUCCGUGUUCCGGUCCCUGUGACUUCGGGACGUACGGGCGCCGGAACCGGCGGCAAAUUUGAAAUUUUUAAAAAA